GACGACCUCCGGCCGGCAGGAGGCGCCGGAGAGCCAGAGGCGCCGGGUCGCUCCCCCGCGCUCUCUCCCCUCCUGCUCCCGCAGCUUCCUGGAACGGGCCCGGCACGGCUGGCUUGCCUGUCGCUCCCUCGCCUCGUCCCCCCCUAAGCCCCAGCCCCAGCUCCGGCCCUACAGCGGCGGCGACGACGACGGGCCAUGGCCGAGUGGAGCCCCGCCCAGGCUCUUCAGUGGGACGUGGAGUCCCAGCCCAUGGCAGCCCCUCAGCCCUUCGGUGUCCCCGAGCAAACGCCCAUGGGGGAUGUGCUCCCCGAAACAGCCGAGCUCUCCCUGACGGUUGUGGCUGAAAUCCAAGCCGUGGAGAGCAAAGUGGACUCUUACGCUGCACAGCUUAUGAGCCUGGAAGGGAGGAUGGGGAUGGCCGAGACAAAGCUGGAUGGCUGCGAGAAGACAGCAGUCGAAUUUGGGAACCAACUGGAGAGCAAGUGGGCCGCCCUGGGGACCCUGAUCCAGGAGUACGGGCAGCUCCAGAGGAGGCUGGAGAACAUGGAGAACCUGCUGAAGAACCGGAACUUCUGGAUCCUGCGCCUGCCCCCGGGCUCCAGAGGAGAAAUCCCCAAGGUCCCUUUGCUGUUUGAUGAAGGCUGCUGUAGCUUCUCUGAGCAGGAGUGGCGGAGUUUGGAUGAAGGGCAGAAGGACCUCUACCGGCACAUCAUGAAGUGCAACUACAAGGCCGUGGUCUCCGUGGAUGCUGCCAUUUCCAAACCUGACCUGCUCUCCCGGAUCGAGCAAGCGGACCUUGCAGAUCAGGGGGAUAGCGAGGAAAGAGAACCCCUGAAAGAGGCCGCCCUGGGCUCUCCAGUUUCUGCCCUCAACGACAGUUCCUGGAUGGAGCAGGAGGAAAUGUCCCUUGUCAAAGGUGCAGGGGACUUGGAGGAGAGAGAAAUCCCUGGAGACUCCGCCGUGAAUCCUCCACAGCUCCUGGAAGAAGAUCCUGAAAGCUUAGAGCUCCCUGGCAUGUUCCCCAGGAAAUGGACAGAGGUUUUCCAGGGCCCAGGCGAAGAACUGCUCUGUGAGAGCCAACCCAUUCCAGUUGCCCCACCCAGGAAGCCUCCAGGGAGCAGCCUGAGGCGAUCAGCUCGCUGUGUGGGAGAGCUGAAGAGAGAGGACUCCUCCGCGUUGGCUGUGGAGGCCCUCACCGGCCCUUACAUCUGUUGCGAAUGUGGGGAAGGCUUUCAGGACAAGCAGCUUUUCACCACCCACCAAAAGACCCAUGGUGGAGGCGGGAGCUACCCUGCGAUGGUUGCUGGAGGAGGCCCGAAACCAAAGCCCAACCCCUUCCCGCUCCAGCGAGCUGCAACUCCGGCACGUCCCAGGCCCCCAAAGCGCCCCGAGCCCCAGAGGAGCUCUGCUGCGAAGCCCAGUGCCGGGAGACGCCCCGGCAACCACAUGGUGGAGCGGCCGUACACCUGCACUCAGUGCAAGGAGAGCUUUAAGCUGGAGGUGAGCUUGCUGCUCCACCAGAAGCUCCACACAGGGAAAGGUGACGGGCCCCUGACCUGCACAUACUGUGGCAAAGACUUCCGCGACCUCUCCAAAGCUGUCCGGCACCAGCGGAUCCACACGGGUGAGAGGCCCUACCAGUGCACGGAGUGCGGGAAGAGCUUCAUCCGCCGCGACCAUCUCCUCAAACACUGGCGCGUCCACACCGGCGAGACGCCCUACCAGUGCGCCACCUGCGGGAAGAACUUCCGCUACAAGGAGUCUCUGAACUGCCACCAGAAAAUCCACACCCGCAACCCGGCGACGCACCACCUGGGCCUUGGGACGCAGGCCGGGCUGAUGGGCUUGAAGCAAGAGCAACUUGUGCUGUGGACAGAACCGAGGAGGCAGAACUUGGCCGAGCUGGAGCAUUUGCCAGGCUUGAUCAAUGGUUGUCCCAAUGAACAAGUGGUGCCCAAUGUUAAGCACAAUGCUCCUCACCUCCUGGGGUCGAAUGCAAACCAGGACACUACAGCAGUCACUGCAAAACAAGAGCUAUGGAGAUACUACUUUCAGAAGAUGUCAGAUCAUGGCUCCCAUUUCAGCCCUAUAUACAUGGGCAGGACCGUUAGGUAUGCAGGGCUGAGUCCCCGCAACGCUGAUCUGCAACGGGGCUCUCGCUGGCCGGCUGCUCUCCCGCCCUGGCCGCGGCUGGCGGGGACGGCAUCCGAGCUGGCCCCAGGCCGGCCGGCUGGCUCUCCGAGGGAUGGACGCGGCCAGCGGGCGCUGGCUGGCUGGCUGGCUUGCUGCGGGUGCGCGGCUCCUCCUCUUCCCUUCUGCCCCCAGCGGACUGAGGAGCCCCCCACCCUCCGCCUCCUUUCUCCGCCUCUCCCCUCGCGGCGCCUUCCUCCUCCGACUGGGUGUGUGACUCGGGGCUCCCUCCGGCUGCUUCACCGGACGGACGGACGGGGCGAGCCUGCCUGCCUGCCUGCCAGGAAAGCGAUGGCUGCGGGGUGGGAUUCCUCUUCUGCCCAGCGAGGUUUGGAGUGGGGUCUGGGGCCUCUGCCGCCAACGCCCUUGCACUCUUGCUUCCACCCCAAGCAAAGCCGCGAAGAGGUGCCGCACCGGCAGGCCACAGAGCUGUCCCUCUGGACCGUGGUAGCCGCGAUGCAGGCAGUGGAGAGGAAGGUGGACGUUCAUGCUGGGCGGCUGCUGACCCUGGAGCGGAAGGCAGGGUUGGCCGAGAAGAAACUCUCUGGAGCAGAGAAGGCUGUGUCGGAGUUCAGCCACCACCUGGAUGCCUUAGGGACCCUGAUCCAGAAGUAUGGGCAGCUCCAGAGGAGGCUGGAAAACCUGGAGAACCUGCUGAAGAACCGGAACUUCUGGAUCCUGCGCCUGCCCCCGGGCUCCAGAGGAGAAAUCCCCAAGGUGCCAGUGACCUUUGACGAGGUCUCUGUCUACUUCUCAGAGCAGGAGUGGGAGAAGCUGGAGGAGUGGCAGAAGGAGCUCUACAAGAACGUGAUGAAGGGGAACUACGAGUCACUGAUCUCGCUGGAUUAUGCCAUUGCCAAACCUGACCUGUUGUCCCGUAUUGAGCGUGGGGAGGAGCCGUGUGUUGAGGAGGACGAAGGGCAGCCUGGGAGCAUCGGCACAGAAUUCUCUGCCUCCAUGAAUGACACCGUAUCUCUUAUGCAACGGGAAAUUGUUCCUUCCGUGGUAGGCGAGUGGGAUUCAGAAGAAAGGGAAGCGACCGCAGAGGACAGCCCAGAUGCUUCCCUCCUCACCCGGGUGCCUCAUAUGGCAGAGAUGGGCCCUGGAGACCCGGAACUGUACAGUGCGUUGCCAGCGGCAUUGGACCAGGCCGUGUUCCACUUCCUGGAGGAGGGCUUGGCCUGUGUUGGUGGACAGACGGCUGGUGUUGGUGCUGGGCUGGAGGAGCCGGCUGAGGGCAGAAGCGGCUUUGCAGACUUCACAACCAUCAUUGUCCAGGAGGGGGCACUCCCUGGUGAGGCGCCUUAUGUGUGCCCUGACUGUGGGAAAAGUUUCCUGUACGAGGAGCAAUGUGCGCUGCACCAGCGGACUCACCCCCCAGCCGCCUCUGAGCCCCAAGGGAGCCCCAUCCCAGCCCUUCAGCCAGGCAGCCGGGUUUACUCCUGCCCUGAAUGCGGGCGCUGCUUCCCUCACCAAGCAAGCCUGAGCAAGCACCGCCUGUGGCACUCGGGCGAGCGGCCGCACACGUGCGCUGAGUGCAAGAAGAGCUUCCGGCUGAAGAUCAACCUUCGCCUCCACCAGCGGACCCAUGUGGUGGCGGUGGCUGGGAAGGCCCGCUCCUACAUCUGCGGGGAGUGUGGCCGUGGCUUCAACCACCACUCCAAUUUCCUGCGGCACCAGAUGAUCCACACAGGCGAGCGGCCGUAUGCCUGUGGCGAGUGUGGGAAGACCUUCAUCCGCAAAGAGCACCUCGCCACCCACGGCCGGCUGCACACUGGGGAGCGCCCUUACCAAUGUCCCCUCUGCCACAAAAGCUUCACCCGCAAGCAACACCUGGUUGGGCACCAGCGCCUCCACGAGAGCGAGGCUUCUUGGCUUGAGAGCCGCCCACCACAGAUACACCUGCAUAGCCAGCAGGGCAGAGUGAAGUUGCGGACAGAGGCCAGCGCCCCCUGUUUCAGGCAAGAGAGGUUCCUUCCUUAAACAUUCCAUUAAACAUCACUGGGGAGCUCUGGUUGGGACAGAGGAGCAUAUCUGGAUGCUGCCUAAGGAAGUGGCCAUCUUGGACUGAACCAUUCGGGUCUUCUCCUAUAACAUCAGAGGUCUCAACAACUGGGGACAGAAAAUAAAGUCCUGCAGUUUGGAGCCAUGAAACAUUUCUGUGCUUGUGCCCAAACGAUGGUGCAAAUAAAAUGGACUCCAAGGGUUAGUGAUUUUGUUCUCUAACAGGAAAAAAAAGAGAUAUUCCUGUUGACUCUUUGGAAUAAUCUGUCUGACGUUUGCUAAGGCCAAGAAGACAGU